AUGACUCCUGGAGAAUCCGCUCAAGGCUCUGCAGGGACGCCGCCAGCGACCAUAGGCAGGCCAGGGUCGCCGUGGGAAUUCUCUUCAUCGGCGGAAGCAACGCGGACGAGCGGGCACGGUGAGACGACACGGCGAGAUCACGCGGAGCAGGAAGAGGACGCGGCGGUUCAUACUGAGCCCACGGCAGCCCGCCACCAGCGCCUACGAAGCCCAUUCCCGCAGGCAGCGGCCGAUCUGAGCGCGCCGGGGAUCCGAAUGGAUUGUGAGGCAGGAGCGCGGAGAGAGGGACGACGGGAGCAGCGCGAGGAGCUGGGGGUGACGCCGACCCCGCACGUGAGCGACGAAGCUCCUUCUCCACGUCAUCAAGCCUAUCCAGAAGACGGCGCUCCAUUGCGGACGGCGCUGGACGCGCUUUUCCCCCGCGACCAUAACCUCCCCGCCGCCCGCGACGCCCCUGACCACUUGCGUCCGAACGCACAGGCGACUGCUGGCGAGACGAGCCCAGCUGACGCUGGCGUUCAGGGGAACGGACCACGCGACGAGGAGAGUCGAGCCGUGGACGCUUCGAGGGACGUGGCGAACGCGGAGGCGAUCGAGGACGGGACGACUGGCGUACGGGCGAACGGUGACGAGAAUGAGGGCGAGCGGGCGAACGGUGGCGGUGUGACCUGCGAUCACGCGAACGACUCCGUGACGCCACGCGACGAGGCGAACGCGGCGACCGCGGGCCAGCGUGAAGACCUUCCCUGCGGCUCUCCCGCCUAUCGCCGCGAAUCACAGAUGAACGUCGGCGAGGGGAAUGCUCCUGGUGCGCCACACCCACUCCGCCGUAGCGCUCGGCGGACGCCGCGUGAGCAGGCUCCGGCUGAGGCAGGGACCGGCCCCCGCGCGAGGUCAGAGCGCGCUGCUGAUCUUCGAAACGACGGCGGAUCCGAUCCGCAGACGCCGGCGGCGCGACAGGCACGCUCGCGGCAGGGCGCGCAGGAGGAAGCGGGCGGGGAGCUGGAUCGCUCUCCGCGGUUCGCCCCAAGGCAGGAGCUUCAAGGGAACUCAUCGGUACGUCGGGAAGAGGGCGUGCGGACACUCAGCGGCCGACAAGUCGGCGGAAGAACAGCAGGCCGCGGAAGGAGAGCUGCGGGACGCGGGGGGAGAGCACGUGGGGGUGGACCGGAAAACGUGUACCAGCAGGCGGGGAGGCGGGCUUUAAACGAGAUGAGCGGUGAUAAUGAAACCUCCACUUCAGACAGUAGCUUUGUAGCAGCCGAGUCCACUGACUCGACUUCCAGCUCUGAGUCCUUGGACGACGAGCAGCUUCAGACUCCUGCUCGAGCGGGCAGAGCAGCAGCAGCAGCAUCUCACAUGGCGGGGGGAGCUGCAGCAGUGAGAUCCAUUAGGAGGGGUCCCCCAACACCAACCCGAGCCGCAUCAGGCAACAUUGCCCUGCGCGCCAAGCACCCACCUGCGCCCGCCUCCCCACCUGACUGGAACUUUCCAGAACCUGACCCUCACCUAUCGGCACCGUUUGCUGUCUUCUCCAAGUUCGGCGUGGCAGUCCCUGGCGGGGCGGAGGCGAUUAUCCACAUCACACGCACGUACCUCACGGUGAACACAGGAGCUUUGGUCCUACAGGCUGAUCUGGCGAACGCAUUUAACAGCGUUAACCGCGACGCCAUCAUCACAUCUCUUCGGGACUCCUCUCUCGCUUCACUUUUACCGUUAGUUAAACUGCUGUACGGCCUUCCUUCGGCUCUAUGUCUGGACGCUGGCUUCUCACACCCACCUCUGCUGAGCGAGACCGGGGUGCGGCAGGGAGAUCCCCUCGGCCCGUUGCUGUUCGCUGCCGCCAUACACCCAGCGCUGACGAAAACGGCGCUCAGCUUCCCCUCCGUGGUCUGUCUAGCCUAUGCGGACGACGUAACUUUUCUUGGGGAUGCAGCCAUGUGCGCGGCGGCAUUUGAGGACUUCACAGGAAACCUCGGGGAGAUCGGGCUGCGCCACAACCCAGCCAAGUGCGCGGCCUGGUCUCAGGCUGGCCAGCAGGGAGCAGCGCUUCCAGUGGGCGUACCUUUCACAGAAGAUGGGGUGAAGGUGCUUGGCAGCUUCAUCGGUGGCAGCGACGCAACCGCCGCGUUCCUACGUGCCAGCCUCGACACCAUGGGAGUGCCGCUGCCCUUAAUCGCGCGGAUGGAGCCGCAGCUGGCUUCCCUCCUGCUCUCACGGUGCAUCUCACGGCGGAUCGCUUACGUCGCCCGCACCACGCCGCUUUCGGCCCUGCCAGUCGAGGAGUGGUCAGACUGGGGUAAAAAGCUGUUUGAGACGUUGCUGACUGCCUGCGGCAUUCGCCACCCACGGGGGGAGGCCGAGAUUUCACGUACCUGGGCGUAA